AUGGUGCUGAACACACUGGAGAAGUUGAAGAACAUGACUCUCACUGGAAGAAACUCUCCAGUGACUUCAGAACAUGUGAUGUUAGGGCCACAGUGUCCAUCCAUCAUUCCAGUGUGUGUGGACCUGGCAGACUGGGAGGCCACGGCAGAGGCCCUGAAGGAUGUCGGUCCCAUUGACCUGCUGGUGAAUAAUGCUGCCUGCCUGAAGGUGGAGUCGCUUCUGGAGGUCCAACCUGAAGAUUUUGACAGGUUGUUCCAUGUCAAUGUGAAAGCUGUGCUGCAGGUGUCUCAGGUAGUGGCUCGCGGUAUGAUGGCAAGAGGACAAGGAGGCUCCAUUGUCAACGUGUCCAGCAUAGCUGCACACAGAGCCCUGCCAGGCCUUGGAACCUACUGUGCCACUAAAGCAGCCCUGCAAAUGCUGACUAAGUCCCUGGCCAUGGAGCUGGGACCACACCAGAUUCGUGUCAACAGUGUGGAUCCCACAGUUGUGAAGACUGGCAUGGGACGCCAGGCCUUUGCCAGCCCUGAGAGAGUCAGUGCCAUGAUGUCUCGCAUCCCUCUGGGACACUUUGCAGAAGUGGACGAUGUGGUGAACAGCAUUUUAUUCCUGCUGAGUGACAAAACCAACAUGACUAAUGGAGCUGCUCUUCUAGUGGAUGGAGGCCUCAUAGCCUGCUGAAGGGCUGCUGGCCUCAGUGAAUGGAGCCCCAACCCUCCUGGGUCCCAAACCUCCACUGAGUCCCAUCAGAGUGCCAACCCUGAUCAUAGAACCCCAACCCCAUCACUAAGCCCCAAUCCCCAACACUAAGUCCCACACCCCCUGAAUUCCAACCCCCUCACUGAGUCCUAACCCCCCUCAUAGAUUCCCAACCCCAUCACCGAGUCCCAUCCCCCCUCAUGUAGCCCCAACUGCCCUCACUGAGCCCCAAACCCCCUAAAUUCCAACCCCCCUCACUGAUUCCUAACCCCUCUCACAGAUCCCCAACCCCAUCACUAAGCCCCAAUCCCCAUCACUUAGCCCCAACCCCCUCCCCUCACUGAGUCCCAACCACCAUCACAGAGAUCCAAACCUGCUCACAGAUCCCCAACCCCAUCACAUAGCCCCAGCCACCUUCACUGAGCCCGAAACCCCGAGUAGUUCCAACCCCACUCACAGAUCCCCAACCCCAUCACUUAGCCCCAACCCCCUCUCAUAGCCACAACCAACUUCACUGAGCCCAAAACCCCCUGAGUAGUUCCAACCCCCCUCAAUGAGUCCUAACCCCAUCACUUAGCCCCAACCCCCAUCACCGAGUCCCAACCCCCCUCACGUAGCCCCAGCCACCUUCACUGAGCCCCACACCCCUUGAGUUCCAACCCCUCCACUGAGUUCCAACCCUCUUCACCGAGUCCCAUCCCCCCCUCACGUAGCCCCAACGCCCCUCAUUGAAUUCCAACCCCUGUCUUCCUGAGAAGAAAACACUCAUGUCUUUUCUACUGCUUUGUUUUGGGGUGUUUAAUUGGCCGAUUAAACUUUUGUUGGCAGA